CACCGUACCGCCGAUAGCUCCAGACGCAUCUGCACCGAUAUAUAUACUAGGGGUUUCCCAACUAUUCAGUACUGUAUGGCCAAUUAUGGGAUUCGUUUGUAGGAUUAUGCAGUGAUAGUACAGAUAGACGGACAUUUAGUCUUCUCUUUAGUUGCUUCAAGUUCUUUUCGGCUUCCUUCAUUUGGCUUCCACGUGAGAGAUUGAAAUAACCAAAGCAAAAAUGGACAGCUCUCUUCAGUACAUCUGUGGUUCAAUUGCUGCUGCUGUAACUGGCGCAGUAGCUACAGCUGCAUUUUAUAUUGCAACUCGUCCUCCUCCCAAAAUCAAACGCAACUUUGAUCUGAAUUCUCAGUCUGAGGAGCUGCUGGGACCAGAUCAUGUAAGAAUCUCUCAUCUAACUCCAAAAGCUCCACAUGUCUCUUAUUUAUUUGAAGAUGCUCAGACAUUACAUGAAUGCAUGGUGAGAGGAGCUAGAGUGUCAGGUAAUGGUCCUUGUUUGGGCUGGCGUGAAAAAGGAAGUGAUGAAUAUCAGUGGGUGCAUUACAAAGAAGUGUUGGAGAGAGCUAAAAACUUCGGUGCUGGUUUACUUCAUAAAAAAUUAAAAUCUGGUUCCUUUGUUGGUAUAUAUUCCCAAAACAAUGUAGAGUGUGUGUUAACAGAGUAUGCAUGUUAUGGCAGAUCUAUGAGUAUUGUUCCUAUAUAUGAUACUCUUGGUCCAAAAGCUUUUACACUAGUUGUUAAUGAAGCUGAAAUACCUGCAGUUAUUUGUGAUAGUGAAGAAAAAACAUUGGCAUUAAUAAAUGAUAAAAAUGAAAUGCCUACUUUGAAAUUAAUAGUUCAAGUUGAUCCUAUUUCUGAUUCUGCCAAAGAAAGGGCAAAACAAUUUGAUGUAGAUCUUGUGUCAUUUAAAGAGAUGGAGGAACUUGGGAAAAAACAUCCUCAAAAUUUAAUUCCUCCAAAACCAGAAACCUUGGCAACUAUUUGCUAUACUAGCGGUACUACAGGAAGCCCUAAAGGUGUAAUGUUAACUCACAAGAGUAUUGUAGCUAAUGUUAGUGCUGUGAUGUUGCAGCUGGGUGAAACGGCUCCUGGCAGUAGUGAUACAAUGCUCUCAUUUUUGCCACUAGCCCAUAUGUUUGAGCGUUGCUGUCAGGUAGGAUUAUUCAUGACUGGUGGCAGAAUAGGUUUCUAUCAAGGUGACAUCAGGAAAUUAAAUGAAGAUUUCCGAACCUUGAGACCUACUGUUAUACCAUGUGUACCUCGUUUGUUGAAUAGAAUGUAUGAUAAGAUUCAGGACGAGGCUAAUUCUAAUAAAUUAAAGAAAAUGUUGUUGAAUAUGGCUAUAGAGAGCAAAAAAGCAGAACUUGAAAGAGACAUCAUUCGCAACAACAGUGUUUGGGACUGGACUGUCUUAAAACCAAUUCAAGAUAAACUUGGAGGUCGUUUACGACUAAUUGUUGUUGGCUCUGCUCCUAUUGCGGGUCACAUUUUAACUUUUCUUCGUGCUGCCCUUGGUUGUGUAAUUGUUGUUGGGUAUGGGCAAACUGAAUGUGUAGCUCCCUGCACAUUAACAACGCCAGGUGAUGUUAGUGUUGAUAAUGUUGGCCCUCCAAUCCCAUGCUGUAAAGUGAAAUUAGUAGAUGUCCCUGAUAUGAACUAUUUUGCUUCUGAAAACAAAGGCGAGGUAUGUGUCCAAGGGCUUACAGUAUUCCAGGGAUAUCUUAAGGAUACUGAGAAAACUGAAAGCACUAUAGACAAAGAUGGUUGGUUACAUACCGGUGAUAUAGGAAUGUGGCUUCCAAAUGGUGCUUUGGCAAUCGUUGACAGGAAAAAACAUAUCUUUAAGCUCCAACAAGGAGAAUAUGUUGCUCCUGAAAAAGUGGAGAAUAUUUAUUUAAGAUCCCCUUAUGUUUCACAAGUUUUUGUGCAUGGAGAUAGUUUGAAAUCUUGUGUGGUGGGCAUUGUUGUACCAGAAAUGGAAGCAGUUCUGCAGUGGUGUAAAGAACAAGGAAUUACUGAGGAAUGGAAUCAUAUUUGUCAAAAUAAGGUGGUUAAAGAAUAUAUAUUACAAGAGCUGAAUGUAGUUGGGAAAAAAUCUGGUCUUAAAUCAUUUGAGCAGGUCAAAGAUAUUUAUCUCCAUCCAAACCUCUUCACCAUUGAAGACGGCCUUUUAACUCCAACUUUGAAGACCAAGCGCCUAGAGUGUCGUAAAUACUUCAAAUCUCAAAUUGAUGCUAUGUACAGUCAUUUAGUUUAGAUAGGAAGAAAAACUGUUCAAUUAUAUAUUCUGUGCACCCUGAAUAUACUUUCCAUACAUAGCUUUGGGUUUUUGAUCUAGACAAGGGCAAGUUUUGUAAUCAAAUUUUUUAUCUUAAUUAACUUGGGACAUUUUUGAAUUUUUAUAUGCAUUAAUACUUAUAUUCAUAUUUUAAAUGUUUUUUUUUCUUCCGUUCAAUUGUUUUAAUGAAUAAUUUAUGUUCUGAUAAACCAUUUUCUUUUAUUGAAAUGUAAUGUACUAAAAUGGCUUGGUUGAAAUAUUGUUUCAUGUUUGUAUGUUUAUGCAUAUUUUUUUACUUUAAAACUGAAAAUUGUAUGCAUAUUGGAAAUAGUUUAAAUUAAUAGAGAAAUAUAAUUGUGUGUGUUUUCUUUAGAAAUAUCUGUUAAUUAUAAAAAUAAUAUUUACAAUACUUGCCCUUGAUAGAUUUAUAUAGCUUGUAUGUUAUUGAGGAUAUGUUCCUAAUUAGAAUAUUUCUGUUGCAUUUCCUAAAGAUAUAUGUUGUGCUCUUUUCAUGACUUGUGGUAUACAAACAUUAUGGCAGAAAUUGUAUUGAUUUUUUUUAAAAUUAUUUUCAGCACUCAAUAGUAUUUGCUUUUACAAUAUGGUCUUAAUGUUUUAUGGCAAUUAACAUUAGCAGUUAUAAGAAACUGAAGAUAUUAGUACUAUUCCAACAUUAAUACAAUUGUGUUUUUCAUUUUCUUUAAUAUUUCUUAUAUUGUGUUGUAUGCCUUUUAAGGAAGAUAAGUAUGUUAGGAUCAUUUGUCAGAAUUUCAAAGUUUAUUUUUCCGUGUUAUUUAUUUAUUCUUUUCAGAUUAGGUUUGUGAUAUUUAUUGGCUAGGAAAAACUUUCAAAGAGUUAAAAAUGUAUUGUUGCGAUUGUAAAAUGUGGUUUAUUUAUUUAUUUACAUUUCUUUGAAUAUUUCAUGUUUACACAUUCCAUUUAUAAACUGCAUGCAUUCUUACAACUUACUUAUUUAAUACAACUGGAUUUCAUUUUGCUGAUUACAUUGGUAAAUUAGAAAACAGGGUACAUUGAAGUUUAUUGUAAAUACUUAGGAACCAGCAAGUAGCAUUUUUUUCAGCUGAUUUGAAGAAUAAAGUGUGAAAAAUAUUUAUUUUGUAACUGGAUGAAAUAUUUAAGGGUGUGAAUGAUAGUGAUCUUGGGUUUUAACAAAUAAACUAUUCAAAUACUCCAGAUAAAAUUUAUACACACUGUUCUUUUAAUUUCCAUAUUUAUCAACAUAUAUUCCUUUGCAUGCUAAAAUUAAAAUUUUUUUUUCAUAGCAUAGGAUUUUAUAUUUACAACACUCCAAGAAAUUGUAGUUUCCAUUUGUAAUUAAUAAAGAAUUUAGUUAUUAGAUAGACACUAUUCAGAUUUUAUCGUAGUUCAUUUAAUAAUGUUUCACUAAAAGUUAAAAAUUGAAAAAAUUAGGAAUAAAUUCAAAUAAUAUAUUUAUAGUUAGUACAUUCUUCACAAUUAAUAUGCAUUGUUGCAUUACUUGAGGCAAUUCAAACAGCUGUGGCGAAAUCUUUUUUCUAAAAAGAAAAGAAAAAUAUAGAUCAGCUUAUCUUUUAUAAUAUUAAAUUCUCAAUUCCUGAAAAAGGAUUUUUGUACGAAAAUCCUUUCUAGUAAAAUUUUCACACUGGAGUAUUUUAGCGUUAUAUAUUUUCUCUGUGAUGGAGAAGUGCUAAUAUUUCCACGUGUGUUAUUCUGUUAGAAACCUCUAUUUAAGAAUUUCUCUGGUAUCAUAAAAUGUUUACAUUGAAAUAUUUUUAGAACUUCAAAAUUUGACAUACAAUUUUGGAGUAUUGUACUACCAAAGUUUUAUUACUUUUUCAAUACUUUUUUCUUAUACGAGCAGGAUCAUUUUGAAAGGAUUGGAUACCUUUUAUGAAAUAAAAUGCCUUGAAAGACUUAAAUAGUUCUCUUCUAAUGUAGGUUUGAUUACAUUUAAUGUGUUUUUAUAAACACUGAGCUCUUCAUUAGGUUUGACGCCAAAGCUGUGAAUCCCCAUUUUGAAUUUUUCCACCUUCCACUUUCUGUGCACAGGUUUUCAAUCCAUUUGUAAAGUGAUCCUGUUCUGUUAUAUAUAGCAAUUCCAUAUAUUUAAAGAUAUUGGUGGCAUUUUUUUUUUCUUGUGUUGCAAUCCAUUUACAUUUUGAUUUCAUAAGAAAUACUUAACCGAUGUGAUUUUUUUUAUUUAAUUUUUUUUCUUUUGUGCUUGUUUUGCAUAAGUGUUAUUUAUUUUCUGUUCUGUAGUGAGCAUAGUUGUGAUAGAGUAUCGUCUGUGAUAUCAGAAUCUCAGCUUGAGUGAUUUUGUAAGCGAAAAAAGUAAAAAUUGUCCUUUUUAUUUAUUUUUUUAUUUUUGAAAAAUUAUUUUAAAUACAUAUGCUUUAUUUUAACUAUUUCUUAAUUUAUCUCCAUCAUGUCUUUUAUCAUCUCUAUACUUGAUACGAAUGUGCAGAAGUUCUCAACAUUCUUCUUAAGAACACUUUUAUUGUGAAAUUAACCAAAGACAUUUAAAAAACCAAAUAAAAUUCCAAACUCCAU